AUGAAGACAGUCAACUGUUAUGUGCUGUUAUUUUGCUGGAAAGCAAUUUGUUGCAAUAGCUGCCAGCUCACCAAUAUUACUAUAGCAGUGGAAAGAGAAGAAUGUGAAUUCUGUAUUACAGUGAAUGCCACGUGGUGCUCGGGAUACUGCUUCACAAGGGACCCAGUAUAUAAAUACCCACCGGUAUCAUCUGUUCAGCAAACAUGUACCUUCAAGGAGGUUGUGUAUGAAACAGUGAAGAUCCCUGGCUGUGGUGACCAUCCCGAAUCUUUUUAUUCGUACCCAGUAGCUACAGAGUGCCAUUGUGAGACCUGCGACACUGACAGCACUGACUGCACUGUGAGAGGGCUAGGGCCAUCCUACUGUUCCUUCAGUCAAAAUGGAAGUAACCAAUGA